UCUGGCAGGGGUUACAUAAGGAGAUAAAUUAUUAAGUGAUUGGCUUUGGACUGAGUCAAAGCCGAGGAGAUAAUCAGUGAUAAAAGUGAAAAUAAAAGGAGAUUAGAAGAUUGUUUUCAUUCUUUUAUGACAAACAAAUAUUCCUGUGAAGUUUAAGAUGAUCUACUUUAAGGGAUGUUUGCGAUAACAAAUCAAUCAUUUUCUCACAUUCAGUUCCAUAGGUGGGAACAAACAAAUGACUCACUUUUUACACACUUGAUGCAAUGCAGAACACAAAUUGUGAGCAAAGAUCAAUGGAUUUCAUAAGCAACCAGAGGCAUACACUUCAUUGAUCACAGAAAAAGAGAUUUCCUAGAAGUCAGUGAUCUGUAAAAGGGGCGGAAACUGUUCACUAUAAUGGGGGCCACAGGGGCGUAAAGGUUAAGGAACCUGUCUGCACUGUCCCAAAGGCAAACAAAUUUUCCAGCCUUGAGUAAAGUCCAAUGGGGAUCACACAGCGGCAGCAACCUAGCUUGUCAAAAAAGAUCCCAGAUUUGGUGUAUCAACCUCAGGCAGUGGCUGUGAUAUCAUGGAUCUUCUACACAGCUGGGGGGUCGAGUUGGCGGUUCACCUGCAGACCAAAUACGACAAAUACGAAGGCUUGUUCAACCUGGCGUCCACAGUGGCCGAUCUGCACACUGCCUACUUCUGGUUCUUCCCAAUUUGGUUCCACCUGCGCAGAGACACGGGGCUCAGGCUCAUAUGGGUGGCGGUGAUUGGAGACUGGCUCAACUUGAUCCUGAAAUGGGUUCUGUUUGGAGAGAGGCCUUACUGGUGGGUUCACGAGACCCGCUUUUAUGGAGCAGCACCGACCCCUGAUCUGCUGCAGUUUCCCAUCACAUGUGAGACAGGACCAGGAAGCCCUUCAGGUCAUGCUAUGGGUGCUGCUGGGGUCUGGUAUGUGAUGGUAACAGCGACACUCACAAGUGCAACAGAGAAGCGAUGCCCCCCUUUACUAUACAAAUUCUUGCAGGGAGGUCUGUGGAGUCUAAUGGGCCUUAUUCUGGUGGUGGUCGGCAUGUCAAGGAUCUAUGUGGCUGCCCACUUCCCACAGCAGGUCAUUGCAGGUGUCAUUGCAGGUGUUCUUGUAGCCGAAGUUGUCUCCAAUAAAAAAUGCAUCUACAACGCCAGCAUGAAGAGAUACUUCUGCACGACCCUCUUUUUGACCUACUUCGCUGUUGGCUUCUACCUCAUACUCAAAGCUCUGGGCGUGGACCUUCUUUGGACCAUGGAAAAAGCCCAGAAGUGGUGCAUAAAGCCCGAAUGGGUCCACCUAGACUCCACGCCUUUCGCCAGCCUCCUGCGUAACAUGGGCACGCUGUUCGGCCUGGGUCUUGGCCUGCACUCACCCCUCCGCACAGAGGCAAAGAAGAAGAAAACAAGCCCCAGUUUCCAAAUGGGAUGCAUUACUGUUUCCUUAAUUCUGCUUCAGCUGUUGGAUGGAUGGACAUUUUCUUCAAAAAAUCUUGUGACUUUUUACUUCCUGUCUUUUGGUAAGAGUGCAGUGGCACUUUUAAUCCCGACCACAUUGGUUCCCUGGGCUCUCUGCUUGAUUUCCAAGGUAAAGAAAGAAGAGAAGAACUUGUGAUUCAGGUUCAAGUUGUGCUUUGAAGUCGAUUAGUAGUGUAAUUUUUCUUAUUAACUAGGAUUGUUUUUUUCAUGUAGAAUCACCAUAUUAACACAGUGGCCAAUUUCCUCUGCAUGACGUUCAGGGACGGCGGCUUAUGCUGCCCAUGUUGUUUGCCUGCUGAAUUAUUGACUUUCAAAUCAUCAAUAUAGGAAACCUGGGCAAUUCCUUUUUAUCCACUGCUUCCCAAAUGAAUCAAAACAUUGGAUGGAUAAAAUAAUGCAAUAUUUUAAGGCAAUAAAAUACAAGACAAGUUAUUUUAAACUGAUAGCUCAUCAACAACAGCUAAAGUUAGCUUUCAACCAAUUAGCUAAGAGUACUUUUUGCUAGCUAACAAAAUUGCUAGCUAGAAAAGUACACUGCGCGUUCAUGUAAAACUUACAGUUAUGCUAGCUGGUGGUUGAAUUGUACACGUUAGCUGAAUGUCUAACAUCUGCCAAUAAGUAGUUUUAACUCUUCUUUCAAAUUAAUUUAGAAACAGUGAAAUAAGUAUUUAAUAUUCUUUAAUAAAGUUUGUAAACCUUUUAUAAAACGGCAACUUUAUAACAUAAUUUCUGCCUCCCACCCUGACCCUGACAGGAAAAUGGCCUCCAUGCGAGUAUGAUGAAUUUAGCCUUUUAGAAAAAGAUUUGAAGUUACUGUGCUUACCUGGAUAUCAGCUCCUUUAAGAUUUACGUACUGUAGUUUGGAGAAUAAACUUACUUACUUUCCUGUAAGUUAGUGAUCUACUGUUUCUGUAUGAUGUAGACUAAGUAUGAAGCCACCAAACAGUCAUGUUAACAUAAUCAAUGAAUUGCAAAAUACUCAAACUGGCACUUGUGAAACUACGAUAAAGAUACAUUUAAGAAUAAACAACAGUUUAAUCGUUCAAAAGUGGAAUAAUGAAUGUGAAAAUCUAAGGUUUAGUGCCACAGUAGUUUAUCGACUUCUUAAAGUCUCCUUGUUUUACCUGGUAAUCUCAUAACAAACGUUGUCCAUUGUGCAUUUAGGUUUUUGAAGAGAUAAAAUUGAAGUUACAAAGUGCUUAUUUGAGAGAUCUAGAGGUGCUAGCUAGUGGACAGGUUAGCUCGGCCCAGGACCCGGCUAGAUGUUUCUCCCAGAAUUUUAUACUAAACUAAGCUAACGUGGCUUUGCUCGCCAUGCGUCAUUCUCCACAUGAAAAGUUGUGGAACACAUGGUAACGUCAAGAAUCUGGUUUCUUAUUUUUUGUCUUUAUUUGGACUUACUGAGUCUGCUUAGGACUUUCCUUUAGUAUCAAAAUGUGAGAAUAGACUUUUUAUAAACAUGUUGUUUGCAGCUCUCUUUUGGUUGCAUAAAAAAUGGAAGAUUAAAAUUUUGUCAGCAACUUUUAAA